ACAGGUCCCUACACAAAAUACCGAUAGCUGGCGCUGCAGACAGAGCCGAUGAAGAGCUCAUUCCCGGAGUUUUGGGUUCUGCUAUUGACCUGCAUGUGGUCCAACGUGCCAAAGAAUAUAAACCCAAGGCAGUGUGUGGUAACCAUCCGUGCAGUCAUAUUUGUCUAAUCAACAAGGACAAUGGUACACAGUGCGCAUGUCCAGACGGCGCAACGCUCAAAGAUGAUGGGAUAAAUUGUGAUAACGUUGCGUCGUGCCCCAAAAGCCCUAUCAAAAACGGUCUGUGGAGUCCCGCCUGUGUGUACCGCGCCGGGUUGGUGUGUGACUUUCUAUGUGACACCGGCUACCGGAAGCGGAACUCCACACAGCUGCUCACGUGCGGCAGCAACGAGCAGUGGGACGCUGAUGAUUUCAACACCUUGUGUGAAGAAAUACCAAAAGCCCUAGAAUGCCCGAUUCCCGUGGUGAGAAACGGCAAAUUACAAGAUGGCUGCGGGAUAACGAAGGGUGCUUCCUGCCUCGUCGUGUGUGACACCGGAUACGGAACUCACCCAGCGUCCCUGUACACCACGUGUACGGCUGACCUCGUCUGGAGUAGAGAUCUUAGCUCCGUCUGCGUGGAUACAAGUCCUCCAACAGUCAGCAACUGUCCGGCCAAUAUCACCGAGGCGGCCUCUACCGGGAGCCGACAUAAAAGGAUCACAUGGAAUGAACCGACAUUCAAUGACAGUCCACCUGUAAAAAUUGUAAAAUCUUUUAUGCCCGGGACUAUUUUCGGUGAAGGGAAAACUGACGUCAUUUAUGUUGCCACGGAUCCGGCAGGGAAUAUGGCAAAGUGCACAUUUUCUGUAACGAUAACAGUUGAAAAGUGCAACCCGUAUAUAGGGACGUCUACGGUCCAGACGUUACGUGAUCAAACGUGCCCAAGCACUAACAACCACCUGGGCGCGAGCUGCUACUUCACGUGCAUGGAAGGAUACGCAACAAAGGACGGCCAGGUCCAGGGAUACUUUGAGUGCGCCAAGACCAUGUCUGUGUCCACUAAAAUGGCUCAGUGGAGAAACAGCAUCGGGGCAUGUGAACUUAUCCCCACAAAAAGUCCAUCUGUGAUAACCGGCGACACCGGUAAACAGACAGGCGACAACAAUUCCGGAGGUAGCGGUGCUGCUUCAGGAGCAACCCCGGCUAUAGUAGGUAUCGUAGUGGCGGCGCUGCUCAUCCUUAUUGUCAUCGGAGUUGUGGCGUUCUUCCUCUGGAGGAGGAUGAGCCGCGGAGAUUUGAGCAAACCGUCCCAGUUCAGGUACGUCAAUCACUCCAAUGAAAUCAGCGAAAUCCCUGGGGAUCCCAACUACGCCACCAUUGGCAGGGUAAAUCAGCCGGAGAAUGACUACGAAGGUCUCAACACUGCCCAAGCUAACGGGGACGGCGGCAUAUCGAACCCAAUGUACGAUCAAAUGAAUCCACCGCCAACUAAGAAACCGGGAGAAUUUGAUGACCUGAGCCAACAAGCCGUCCUAAAGGUGCAAAGUGACACCACAAAGGCGUAGGACACUGAAGAGCAUACAUUUUUUUGGGGUUAUCAGUUCUGUGAUACAAAAACCUGUUUACCUAUAUAGAGCGCGUUGACUGCAUAGCGACGGGCGUGCUGAAUGCAAUGUUAUAAUGUUCUUUGUGAUUUUUUUUGCAUAGGCACUCCGGUGGUGAGUCUACAACAUUUGUUAGAAAAAA